AUGGUGGAGAUCCUCGGACCUCUCUCUGCUCGUCCACCCACACCUCCCAGGACAGCUUCACGAAUCGAUGAGAACAACCCAGCCGAGUCGCCGCUGGUGCAAACUCCCGGGGGUUCGCCCUUUUCCACAGUAGGAUCUGGCGCUCCCCCAUCCAGCCGGAGUAAACGUGUCAAUUUCUCGCCAUGGACCAACUUCAUUAAGCCGCCGACCUCUACAAAUCCCUCUAAAUCGGCUUCGGAUCUCAAAUCCCUCCCACCAUCGAACGAACGUCGUCCCUCGAAAUCAAUCCUGAAAGCAACCCAAUCGCCGAUUGCCGUAUGGUCCCCCAAUGUCGACACAUUCACCGCCGAAUCGCUUGCCAUGCUGCUCGAGUCGGUCAUCCAGCAAUUGGCUGGCGAGUCGAUCAGCUCGAGACUCGAUGCCUACAUGCAGUUCUUUGGUGCACUGCGGACCUACGAAGGCCUUCCAAUGGGACAGGAUAUUGCAGAAAAAUUGAGCUUGAUUACGGAUUUCAUCCAGCGUGAUGUCAGCAGGGAUUUGGUGAAUGGCGGGCCAUUGGAUACGAACCUCGCCAACCAGGCUUUGAAACUGUCUGCGGCCUUUGUCUGGCAUGGGGAUAUAUCGACUCAGUUGCCGGAGGAAUUCAAGAUCUUUCUGGUGGAUCACUCUAUCAUCUGCCUCCAGGAGGCCAAGGUGCCCAAAUCGGUCUUGACCCAUUACAUGUCUAUCUUGUCCACGCAAAACUUCGGCCCGAAAAUUAUGACCACUGCACGAGUCACUCGCCUCCUCUCGGUCUUGCAGGACGUCACCAAGCAGGUCACAGGCAAUGCAAUUGUCUCCCAUCGACUGAGCAUUUACCAGCGCCUCCUCACGCAAGCCAAAUCGACGUUCGUCUCACAAUCAGCACUUUGGAUGGAGCAUCUGAUCUCGGGCUUGUUGAAUCACCUGAAAGAUACUCGGUUAAAGGCAAUAUCCCUUGGCUUUCAAACAUCCACAGCCGCGGGCCCAAACCCUGUUUUAUCAAAGACCAUUCGGGACCUCUUUGAUCGACCUCUGGAAAACGAUCGAAAAUUGAUAACCGAAAUUCGCGAGCGCAUGUCGCGUAUGAUGGCCUCUACAGAGAGCGGUGCGCAUGUCCCACAGGUCUGGAGCAUCAUUAUUCUUCUUCUACGGAGUAAAAGAUGGAAUCUGGGGCAGUGGGAGCAUUUCAAGGAAUGGGUGCUCGUCCUUCAAAAAUGCUUCAACUGCAGUGAACCCGCUAUCAAAGCACAGGCGAUUCUUGGCUGGAAUCGUUUCGUUUUUGCUAUCAACCCGAACGAAUCAACCAGCCCAUCCUUGCUGAAGAUGCUGGGCAAGCCCAUUCUCUCGCAGUUUGAACGAAAGAAAUCCGACAAGUCAGGGUCGUCACCUACUCACCUUGCCCUAGGCAGUUAUUACAACCUGCUUUACUACGCUUUCCGUCCCUCUGCUCCCUUCCAACACUUGGACGUCGUCUGGGAAGAAUAUGUUGCCACCCCUUCCAACAUUUUCUCAUCUGCGCCGGCUCUUAGUGAUUGCGUAUUUCGUGUGUUGGCAAAUCUGCUAUGGAGUUCGCAGGCCAAACUUUGGACUGAAAAUCGAAACAAUGAUCCCACCAGGUUGGAGGCCGAGGAACUUCCCUCGAUUGACAGCCGCUGGGUACGAUCGAGGAUUCCCUCGGUUUUCAAGGUGUUUGAGGCUCUGCUCAAAUCAUCGGUUUGGAAUCCCACUGUUGAAAAGUCAAAUGUUGCUCUUGCCUGGAACAGUUUAUCCAGCGCUUUGUCGUUUGCCUCCAGCAAGGAGAUUACACCCUCAGGGGAGUCUAUGCAGGCUGUUGCCAGUGCUCUGGGGUUACUUAGCCGCCUCUGCCUCGCUGGACCAUCGUCUUUGAAUGCCACCGGGGACAACUGUGCAGAUAUUUUCUUUGAAAGAUUCCGAUUCUUGUCAAAGACAGUCAUUAUCUCUCUUGGGAGUAUUCCAUUCACUGAGAAGCUUGUCCUCCGAACGGCCGACAACACAUUUCAAACCGUGAAUACCCCAUCAAAUCGUCAUCCGCACAUGGACAUAAACCUUGACAGUCCUGCUCUGCAUCUUCUCCGAGCUCUCGGCAGCAUCACCUGGACAACAACACCAACUCCAUCCUUUACAAAUCUUGUGGCUAGUACAAUUGAGGCAUCUUGCAAUGGAAGAAUCUCUCGAGGGUCUCGCCUUGAGCUUCUGCAACAGUGUGCAGACCUGUGUACUGGAGACAUGGAAUCCCUCCCACGAACGCCUCAGCUUUCCGAGGUGGUUUGGAAGGCCACCGCGCAGGCAACUGCAGACGCAUUGCGGUCUUUCCCAUCAGAGUCUGCUCGGGAGCGCGACGGGUCUGUCUUCCGGGAUUAUGAGAAUGUCAUCAAGAUUCUUUCUUCUGGUCUGGGAUUUCCGACUGCAUUUUUGGAAUGGUCUCGUCUGCUCGAGUCGUUUGUGCGUGUGGUGAGAACGGAGAAGGGCAAUAGAGCACUUGCCACCAUGAUUGUGGAACCCAUGGCCGAAUGCCUCAUGCGUCUACCAGCUUACGACACUCUUCUGCCCUCGACAUCAUUGUUCGGCCAUUCUCUGUCAAUUCCAUUUUUCCUGGGUUCUGAAUUUGGAUCCGAAAGCGAUAAUGCUCAACCAGCGGACCCUUCACUGUUUCCCCAUAAAUUCCUGGGAUCGAUCGGAAGAACACUUCGUGGUGCCUAUGACGACUUUGACGCCUCUGAGACACACGCCCUCGCCGACUUCAUUGAAUCCUUGACCUCUUUUCUCGGGUCUGGGGUGCCUUCAUUCCGCUGUCAAGUCCUUGAAACGCUUCAACCACCUUUGGGACUGUGGUUAAAAGAUGAUGUUUGUAAAGUCGACGCCGACCAUAAUGUCGACAGUAGAGUAUUGACUGCGUGUCGUGCUCUUUCCUCUGCGAUCCUCAACAUCCUCCAAACAUCUGUGUCUCAUGACCUCUCUUCUCUACAAAGAUUCGAAGUCAUCAUGUGCGCUGGGUUGGAGUCAUCGCAUAUAUCGAGUAUCAAGCGAUUUGUUGAGCUUUGGGGCACGACUUUUGGUUCUCACUCAUCUCUCGCUUAUGCCGACACUGUUGUACAAGCUUUGCAAAAGGCCGAGUCCAAACUCCAAGGCCCUGCCUUGCCCUUGCAGAGUGAUGUUCAGGAUACUGAUAUGCUGCCUCCUGGAUCGCAAGAGCAACUCCAUCGCCCAGUAAACGAGCUUUCAGGGAGCUCCGUUGAGAUUUCACAGGCUGCCAAUCUUAAUUCCUCUCCCGUCGUCAAAGCGAAAGGUUCGACUGUCCUCGAACUACCAGUGCAACCAAAUGAGCCGCAACUACCAACCACUUUGCAGCUCGAAGGCCACGAGGCGCAGAGUGCUGAAAAAAUUCCAAGGAACAGCAGCCGUAGUAAGCGCCGCGAAGUCUUCAAGAUGAUCGAUUCCAUCCAAUCUUCCUCACCGGCGAACUCUCCUCGGGGAUUAGGCUUCCAUACGCCUCCCCAUCUACGCAAGCUACAAUCUUUAGAGCCUGGGGUACCAUUGACCCCAACUCUUGUUCCGGCUGAGAACGAAGAGCAGUUCUUUGGCUCGUCACCCACACCUGGAACAAGAGACCCAACACCAGCCGCAAAUUCAAAUGUGCCUCCAUUAACAUCUCAUGAUAUUACUCGCCCGGAGGCCGACCCUCCCUCUUCGCCGCCAGAAAUUCAUUCCCGAAGCCCCAGUCCCCGGAAGCGUUCGAAGCGCUCAAGGAGCGAACGGCGGAGAUCUGCGAAAGCAAGAAGAGCGCUCGCUGGUGACGUUGGACAGCAGGAGCCUGUCAGCAGCCCUGCCAUUUCAGAACAUGCCGAGGCCAACGCAGAAACUCCUCGAGCUGGUACGGACAAACAAGCCCAGCAGAGUGCCAACACCUCCUUUCCGGCAGAUGAGAGACCUCCGAGCCGAUCACUUCGGUCAGUAUCUGGCAAAGACGCAGCCGCCAAUCCAGAACCAUCUACACAGACAGCUGCGGCUGAAAUGUCCGGCAACCAGCUCGUUCAAACUCCCCGUUCAAGCUCGAAGUCGAAGAAGAAGAAGAAGAAGAACGUAUCCAAGUCCGCAGCCCAGAUGAACCAGCAGCCGACGGAAAACGUGCAGUUGGCCCCUGUUAAUGCGGUCCCAGAAUAUCAUGUCGACUCUUCCAGUGAAGAUUUGGAGACGCAAAUCGCAUCUCAACUUGAGCAAGACCUGGAACUAGCUGUGGAUAUGGACGAUAGGACAUACCGCAGCAAACCUAUAGGAUUUCCGCCUCCAGAGACAGUAACAAAGAAGAGGAAGCGUGAAGAAGAUGAAGCGCGCUCGGCUUCUACGAAAGACAGGCGUCGAUCAACGAGACUCUCGUCGACGAAAGAUCUGGCCUUAGCCGCAACGGACACUCAAGAGUCCGAGGCUGUGCAAUUGCAAGCCUCUGCCGUCUCUGAUCUUGCUCAGGAUACCUCGUCGGCCAAAUCUUCGUCGGUUGCCCCGCGCAGAUUGACUCGCAGUUCGCAGCACAAAGAGAAUGAAAGCACUCUAGGGGAUUCAAUGCCUCAAGCCCAAGAUACCGAUUCUGCGCAGGAACCGCCCAAAGACUCGGAGGCCUCACGGCCGCCAUCGAAGAGAUUGCGCAAAUCUUCCCGUCUCGAUGCCCCUUCUGCUCCUGUUUCUGCGGAGGAAGACCCCGGUGAGAGCAAAUCUUCCUGCGACACGCGCUCUCGCAAGGGACGAUCUCGCAAGAGUGCGAGGCAGAAUGAAACGGCUCUGUCUCAACCAGAAGAGCCCCCUAGUCAAGCUGAGUUGCCAGCGACCCAGGAUGGUGACCUGGAUGUUGUUCCCGAGAGCAUCAUUGCUGAAGAGAAGCCAGCUGAACUGAAUGUGCCUCUGAUUUCUACUGAAGAAGCGACCGAUUCUCAAAUGACGGACAUAGCCCCUUCAAAUGAAGCUGAUUCGGUGAAUCCGGACAUCCAAAUGGACAUGGAUUACACGGAUAUGGACAAGCAACCUGACGGCGAGGUGGCCAACCAUGUUCCGAGUGUUGCCACGAUGGCAACGCAGACCGAGGGACCAGCGCCUCCUGAGCCCACAGCAGACCGCAGCGAGGCUGGCAUCACACAGUCCCUGCAGAAACUCCUCGGUGAUAUGAAAGACGCAACCCUGGGCCCGAGUGCCCUUCGCGAGGUUGACGAUCUUCUUUUCAACAUCCGUGUCGCAGCGCACGACGCGUCACGGCGACACAAUACAUCAGCAUAG